AAAAUAAUCGGUCGGUGGAGGCGACAUCGAAGCAGCUAUUGAGCAACGACGAACACCCCGAGACGAGAGCGAUCCAGCGGGCGACGAAGCCGAGAGGAGCGCUAUUCCUUCCCGAUCUUCCUCUCGAUCGAUUCCUUCUCUUCCCUCUUCUUCUCUACUCUUCCCAUGUCUCUACCCUUUCCCUUCCUCUGCCUUCUUUUCCUAUUUUCCGUCUUCGUUUCUCUUUCCUCGUCUGCGGCCUCGGCGGCGCCUAUUUGCCCCGAAUCGGACCUCGCCUUCCUCCGCCAUCUCGCCGGGCAGUGCCCUAGUUCGGUCGAGAUUUAUUCUCCUUCAGCGGUGGAUGGGGAUUCUCUGGAUAAAGAGUUGAGCAAUGCUAUGAGUAAUGGUUAUUACUCUAUCUUGUUCUAUGCUUCAUGGUGUCCAUUCUCGAGCAAUUUGCAUCCCAUUUUUGAUGUGCUCAGCUCCAUGUUUCCCCAAAUAAAACAUUUAUUAAUUGAAGAUUCUACCAUUAUGCCAAGCGUUCUCUCAAAAUAUGGUAUUCACAGCUUUCCAGCCCUAUUUCUGUUCAACGGAUCUGCAGUAGUGCGACACCGUGGUGCUAGAGAUCUCAAUUCUCUUAUCCAAUUUUACAAGAAAAGUACAGGAUUCAACCCAAUUUCAUACAUGGUUGCUGACCAUUCCAUUAGUUCGUGGGACACUCAGACCUCAAUGCAUCAAACUGGAUCUCCAAGGGAAUUAAUGAGCAAGGAGCCCUAUGUUGUGCUGGCAGCACUUUUCAUUUUCCUCAAGAUAGUUCUAUCACUAGCUCCUAUCAUUUACUCCCACCUCAAAUAUCGUUGGGCUUCACGCACUCGGCGUUUGAAUGUGCAUUUCCUUGGCGAACUGAAUCAGCUUUUGCUGAGAGUUCUACAUUUGGUUGACAUAAAGAAACUGUGGAGCAAGCUUAAGCUCAGCAAUGGGACAAGGAAUUUGAGGGAAGGAGCAAACAACGCUCGUGCGUGGGCUUCCACCCUAGCUUCUGUGUCGCUGGGCGAGCCAUCAUCGCCACGAGUAGCCUCUUCCAUCUCAUGAUAUUAUUUAGCCAUCGAGGAAAGCAGAGUAGAGUUUCGGUGUCACAGUACAAUUGCUUCCUCAAUGUUCAGUGUUUGUUAUUCCUUCUGUUGCAUCUUGUAUAAGAAUUUGGAUAUAUGGAAGGAGGAUGCUAUCAUUGGAAAA